AUGUCACUUUUGUUCAAGGAAGUGGAGUUUACUUGUAGUGCUGGUGGGCACAAGUGGCCAAUUAAACAAAAACUAGAGAAGUUUAGAUUUACACGGCCUAGACAAAAUACCAGGACCAUGUCACUUAGCUGCUUGAUUUACAUGAUGGGACGUUUGUUCAAGCAAGUGGUGCUAGUCGGGUCCUUGCCAAGAAUGUCAUUGGUUAUAGUAAAUUAAAAAAACAAUAGUUUCACUACUUAAUUACAAUAACAGUUCGAAGUAGGUUGCUAGGUUGUUGAAGAGCCGCGUUCGAAGGGUCAAAAAGCAACUAGGCUAUGAGCGCUUGGAUUGGGUGAGGGAGAUAAAGUGUGGGUGCUUUUAAGCGGGGUGGUUCAGGGGUGGGGAGUAGUUUUCAAACACUAUCGUCGUACAAGGUGCGCGUUAUCCCUGUGGUAACUUUUCUGACACCUCUACCUUAAAACUGCUCCUCCUUAAAGACUGAUGGAUCGAUAGGAUAAGCUCCCACAGUUAGUAUUCAUACUGAAAAUCAAAAUCAAGUGAGCUUUCAUUCUUUUGUUCUACAUAAGAUUUCUGUUCUCAAUGAGCUCACCUUAGGACACCUGGGUUAUCAUUUGACAGAUUUGCGGCCCCAGCCAAACUCCCAACCUGACGGUGUCUUGGGCUUGGAUCCUCCUGUCCGGAGACGAGAGUUAAGUCCAGAACGUGGACCUUGCGGUCUGCUUCCACUUCAUUCAAUAAGUGAAAAAACGAUAAGAAGAGUGCUGUGUGUUUCACCGGCGCAUUGCUGCUCCCACGUAUUCUACACCUCUCAUUGUCUUUUCACAAGGUCAGACUAG